CGCCGCUGUGAGCAGACCGUUAUAUCAAACAAAAUAUUGAUACUGAAAUAUUGGAAUAUUCUCUCCUGCGGACUUCAAGUAAUCACCGAUGUCACCUUUAUAUUGCCGUUCUGCACGUCGCAUAGAUACUUAACACGGAUCCAUCUGAUGAAUGGAAGUCUAAACCUUUGAACUAUCGACAACCAAUUCAAUGAUUAAGAACAUCAAUCGGCAGCAUCCAUUCAUUUAAUUGGUAUCAUCACGUGACGACUAAUCCUCGUUCUCAUGGAGCUCUUAAGGACCGUCUGACAGUGAUGGUGACUUUGAAACUGUAUAACAUGUCAGCGGACAGUCGCAGCAAAAGUCUUUCUGCUAAAGAUCCGACAAAAAGCAAGCAGAAUAUUUGAAACAAGAUAUCUCAACUGCUGAAGUUUGUGAAUUCGAUAGGUGGUUUGAAUUGAAAGAGGAACUGAACAUUCAGAGAGAUUCAGCGAGAAACUGCGAGUUGCAUCAUGUGAGGUUACGUCAUCAUGGAAUAUCUUCUGUUUAUUUUGUUUGCUUCGAUCUUGUGCGCAUACGUGGCCGCUUCCCGGCAGUGUUAUUUUUCCUGCAAUUGCAGUGAGAGGUUGUUUCCCUCCAUUAACCGAACACUCUAUACGCUGGACUGCGGAUUCAUUGGAUUUAACUCGUUGCCAAUAAACGCCACCUUGCGGCGUCAAUCUGCAUUCAUCCUUUCAGGAAAUGGAUAUGCGUCAUUUUUAGACAUAACAGGGCUGCUCGGUAUCAGGAAUUUAGCCUACUUAGAUUUGUCCCACAACAAAAUUAACACUUUGUCAAAUUUUCAAGUAAAUGGCGACUUUCUAAAGGAGCUAAACUUGGAUUCCAAUCUGUUGGAUUAUGUCCCAGCAGACGCCUUCACUGCGACGUCAGAGUUGCAGGUUCUCUCCCUCGCCUCGAACAGGAUUGAGGUGAUUCACGCGCGAGGUUUUACGCACUUGAGUUAUCUUAAGCAUUUAAACAUGUCUGCCAACCGCCUCUCCCAAAUCAACCCUUUGUGGUUCUCUGUGCUGGAAAGGCUUGAACUGCUAGAUCUUUCCAACAACAACAUCCAUGAACUUUCGGAUGGGGUUUUUAAGAACUUAAAAAGGUUGAAAACACUGUCGUUGCAUGGAAACGACUUUCACACAUUAGACCAGGACUCCUUUGCAGGCCUCAUAGAUCUGAAGACACUUUUUCUGAACAAUAAUCACAUUAAAACCAUCCCUACAACAGCUAUGCAAAUUUUCAAGCAGAUGAAACUUAUUGAUUUAAGUGGGAACCAUUUCCGUCGAUUGACACCCAGAACUCUGUUUCGGAUAAACGUGACUUGUCUUCGCAUUAAUUAUCAGGAUGACCUUCUAUUGGUUGAAAGGAACAGUGUCACAGAGAUGCCUUACUUGGAGGUAUUAGAACUGCACAACAAUAAGAAACUCGUGUACAUAAGUCCCGAGGCAUUCUCGAGGACGCUCAAACUUCGGACACUGGAUCUCCAUGGCAAUGCUCUCCGGACCGUGGAGUACAGAAUGAUCGAGGCUCUUCCCUCCCUCACUUCAGUCAGUUUUCAUGGCAAUCCUGUUGACUGUUCUUGCUCAAUUCACUGGGUUUUGGAUGAUGUGUACGUCAGGAGCAAAAUAACCAUUUUGCAAUUAGAACACAUCGUUUGCUCAAGCCCGCCGUCCUUAAAAAAUAAACAUCUCUACAAACAAGAAAGGCAAUUUCCCAAAACCUGCAAACCUCAAAUCCUGCCAUUGUUUGAAAAGUCAAUCCAUGUUGUCCAUGGGGAGGAGUUCUCCCUAGACUGUCGUAGCUACGGGGUUCCCACUCCCGCCAUCUUGUGGCAGACACCGCAUGGAGUUUUAUACGCAAAUAAUUCGGAGAUCCGCCAUCUGAGGGUGCUAGAGUCGGGCACCUUGGUAUCGUCUGCUGCGUUCGAAGAAGACACUGGUCUGUAUUCUUGUGUUUCGUCCAAUCCAAGAGGCCAAGUUGCCAGGCAUAUGCGAGUCUUGGUAAAACAGAUGAAGGCUGCGCUUAUCAUUCUCAACACCAAGCCAGAUAGCAUAGCAGUGACGUGGAAUGGAACAUCCAAUUACAACCAAUACGAGAUACUAUGCAAAUUACCAAAAAGUAACAACCAAACCUGCGCCACGGUCAAAUUGGCUCCGUACAUGCGCAGUUACACUAUCACAGGUUUGAAACCGAACACCAGAUACUUUAUGUGCAUUGCUAUGUUACAUCCGGGACACGAAAAACACGAACGUUGUCAACAAGUUGAAACGAAGUCAUACGGUUCCAUCACUGCCGGGAUUUUAAAUAUCAGGCCGUAUGUAUUAGGUGUAGGGGUCGGGGGGACCGUGAGUCUUGUUGCCAUCGCUUUAAUUGUCCUCUUAGCAUAUCUAAGACACAAGCGGAACCAGCAACGAAUGAAGGAACUUUAUGGCGAUAACCUGUCCCAAAUGUUCCUGGCAAGUGUUGACAGCUUUUCUGACAUCACACCCAUGACGUAUGAGAAUCUGGCCGCUCAAGUGUUUGAUGAAGAUGACAUCGCAGAGAUACGGGGCACGUCUGCCUUUGCUGCCUCAGUCACACCUGAAGCAUAAUUGAAGCACCUGAAGCAAGGGUCACGAGUCCAAUUCAUAAAGCGAAAGUGUCGGCGGCUGUCAAUGGAAUCUCCUGCCUUCCAGCUGUGAUGAAAGAAUCUUUGCAGUGAAGUGCGUCACUGGCAAAAUUACAACAUGGAACGCCUAAUUCCUUUAACGCGAAUUGAAAGCAAUGUAUCAUGCAGUCAAAAAACACAUUUGUGAUUUUUGAUGUAGCACAUAGCGCCUCUUAUUUGCGGUAGCGAUCUAGAAAGUUUGAUCCACGGGUGGUGCGAUCGAGUUGCACGAGCUGUGUUGGAUUCGAGUCUGACGAUAUAAUUGCCCUGUGCCAAAAACACAUAGGAACUCGCUUAUACUUUUGCUACAUGCAUACAGAUAUUAUGAUUGGCAUGGUAUGCCACUUUUCGUGACGAAUUACGGAGUGCUGAAUUUGGACUAUAGCCCAUCAACCAGAUAACUCCACCCCGAACCAGUCAAUUAAUAUUCACUAUGACUUACAGUUAUGAUCUGCUUAUGUAUGAAAUAAGACGUAAGAAGGCUGUUGUAAUCAACACUGACCAGCCUAGGCCUAGACCUCAACUUCGAGGUAUGACUGAUAGGCUUGCUCUAUAAUAGGCUUUUGCUAGGUUCAUGAAUAUUCACCAUUAAGGUGGGCCUAGUGACUAUUCCUUGUCAGGUGUUAUAGUUCCGGAGUAUUUUUGCUAUUACUGAUUACAGAAUGGACACGUUUUGAAAUGGGCGUUUUAUAGAGAUUCGUAUCGGCGGUCCAGCACGUCUUGCCACGAGGAUACAGCAGAACGGAAGAAGAGCUCGGACAAGUGAAUUGUUGUCCUUAUGAACAAUGAUAUGAUUCCUAUGACCAAACCUGGAGAACGCAAUACACGUUGCUAUCAGGGGAGUAGGGAGCGGGGGGGGGGGGCAGGGCAAAUGACCCCCUCCCCAGUAUAUAAUUAUGAAUAUGCUUUUGAUCGUGAUAUUGGCGGAUGAAUUUCGAAAACCCCCCCCCCCCCCCAUACCAAAAAGCUGGCUACGCCCCUGUACAUAGAGUUCAGUAAAACUCUGGAAAGAAUGGGCAUCACCUGGAGAACAUGACUGCGCAAAUGAGUAGGAUGGGUCAUACUGAGCAACAUCUGACAUCUAACAAAUUCAAUCUGGUGCAAUUUUUCAAAAGUUGCAUGAUUGUAUAAAAGGAAUCAAGUGCAUAUAAGCGAUCUAUCAUAAACAAUCAGAGGGGGAGGGAUUCAAGUCCAAUAAGUGAAUAUUCGGUCAUUAAUUUAUCUGACAUCAUCCUCGCCGUAAUUUCGGAACCAUUCGAGAAUUUCCGGAAUGUCGUCGGAACUAUUCAGGAUUUACGGCCACACCGUACACGUUAGCUGCAUCACGCACGUAGCUUUGUCCGUCGAUUGGACCUAUUUACUCCCCGCAGUGCACUGUGGGUAUAGUACGCACAAAUUAUGAUAAGUUUAAAAGGAAUAUUUCUGUAGUCUUUAAUUAGUAAAGACAAAGUCUUGAAAUACAGUGGUAAAGAUAAACAAUUUUGGCACAGCUUAGACUGAAAACCACCAGUUCCAACUUGGGGAAAUUGUUUUCGGACUUUAUGUCGGUUUCGCACUUGUUGUUGGUCAAAAUUAAGAUGGUUUAUGUCUGUUGAAAUUAGUGAUAGGUUAAAAAAAUGUUGACUGGAUUCGUUGGUACUGCAGUACAGCUACCUGUGCCGAAUCCCCCCCCCCUCCUCCCCUUGGUCUACUGCGUAUUUUUAAAAAGAUUUCUAAUGGUAUUGGUGCUGGUAUAAUGUCAAAAUGGCAUUGAACGUAAAUAGAUAUGGCUAGAAUGUUAUUUGCUGGUCAAUAGCACGGGUACUAGAGCUGUUUUCGUCGAUUUCUUAUGCUGGUUGCCAAGUGGGCUCCGCGGAUGGUGAUUGUGAGAAGGUCCCAACAUUAUUUGGUGGUGGGUUCAGCGGCGGACUGAUAAAAUGAACCGCAGACACCGAGUUGGCAUUGGGUAUGACGUCAUCAUUCCCGGGUGACACUUCAUGCUUGGCGGCUGGCAUGAAUUGUGAAAUCAACUUUUUCCAUUGUAUCAAUCUAAAAAAAUGGUUAAAACUGUCAGUUCACCUUUAAGAGUGUAUGAUUUGUCGUUAUUCAUCUGAGAAAUGAACUAUUCGUCUGCCAGAGGAUGAGAAUUAAGGGAACCAUUUUGGAGAAGGAGGCGCAGUUCAACAAAAGGUCCAGGUACUACUCAUCUUCAGCCAUCGCAUAUAUGUCUUAAUUCUGUCCAGCACGAAACCUGGUUGUGGCGACCUUGAACCGCGAAAGGGGAAUGUCAAAGCAGCUCAGCGAAACAAGCACAGAAUAUAAAUAAAUAUGUAAAUAAAACUUGGAUGUAGACUAAGAUAUUUUCCUAUCCACAACACUUUGUAAAAAACACAGUUUAGUUUGUUUGAAUAUGCAUGAAAUAAAGUCACGUAAAAGACCCA